GCCCCAUUCAUUCAUUCGUCUCCAUGACUGCGCUGCUCGCAUCCUCCAUCCAGCCCCUCUGUCUGCAUGCAUCUACUCAAAAGCAGUGCAGUGCAGGCAUAAAAGAAUCGCACACCCGCCCAAUCCCAGCAUCCAACGCCGUCCGCUGCUGGGUUCAUCCGCUGUAUAAAACCCUCCCCGUGCUGCCCAUCCAUCCAUCCGCUCUGUCCAGCAGAUUUCAUCGCCUCUCUCUUCCCUGUCUGUCCCCUGCUCUCCUCCAAUCUCCUCUGCUUGCUCAUCGUCCGCAAGCAAAUUCUUCUCGAGAGAUCAUACAUCGUCUGCUUCCUCGUCGUCGACUGAGCAGGAUGCCGUGGGUGUUCUUCCUGUGAUCGUUAUGAGAAGUGGCGCCUCGCGUACUACUACGGAUUGUUGAUGCAAGUUUGCCGAGUGAGGACAGAUCCUCCGCGCCAGAAAACUACGCAAGCGUACAUCAAGAAUGGAAGCCAAGUAAAAUUCCACUCGAUCGUCCAUAUGCAGGCCGAAUACUUCAGUCGAAAUCAACACCAUUUUUCUCGAAUUCCCCACAAAACCCAUAAACAUCUCUAGGAGUUGAGCAGCUCGCAGCAGUGAAGUGAUGCAGGGAGGUCCAGGCUACGGGUACGGCGGCUACGGCUACGGUGCCGGCUAUGACAUGACCGGGUACGGCAACGGCGGAGCGUACUACACCAACGACCGGUACCCCACGCCGGCACCGGCGCCGGCUGCCUAUGAGGACCCGCUCGCCGGUCGGAGGCAGCACGAUUUCCCGGCGCCGCUCACCGGGCUCGAGUUCCAGCCGUCGGAUGCCUGCCCCAAGAACUACGUCAUCUUUGAUCAGACCUACGACCGGAGCAGGGUCAUGUACAACCCGUCGCUGCCCAACAACUUCGGUUCCUCCGGGGGCUAUGACCAGCACGGCAACAACGGUGGCUACGAUCACGGCAAGGGCACCUACUACGGCGGCGGCGAAUGCUCGAUCCGGCAGAAGGAGGACAGCGGCGAGAUCGACGCGCUGAUGAGCUCCGAGGAGGAGGAUGACGUGCUGAGCACGGGUCGCACUUCAGGGAGCCACGGUGAGGGCUCGCCGGACUCCACGUGCUCCCCCGGGUACGUGGUGAGCGUCAGCCCGAGUGGCGGCGGAGGUGGCGAGAGGAAGAAAAACCGGAUGAAGAAGAUGAUGAAGACGCUCAAGGGGAUCAUCCCCGGCGGCGACCGGAUGGACACGCCCGCCGCCCUCGACGAGGCCGUCAAGUACCUCAAGUCGCUCAAGGUGGAGGCCAAGAAGCACGGGGUGCGCGGAUCAAGAAGCUAGAUAGCGACCUCACAUGGCAACGCAGGGCGACUCAAUGAGCUCAAUGAUGGGGGCGGAAGACCGGGUAGCUUGGUGCUCCUUUUUGCACUGCCAGUGCCAUGAUUUCACCUCGUGGAGCUCCCGAGGAUCAGUGCAAAGGAAUGAUGAUGGAUGGUGUUGUAACUAUCAGGCCGAUUAUAUACACCGUGUUUUUGUUUAUCCCCGUUGGGCUCCGCACUGCACAGUUGCUUACCAUGUUGUUGUUGUUUUGCGCUUAGUGCUUUUGAAUAGUGUUUGUGUUUACCUAGGCACAUAUUACCAUUUCACUAAUCAAGGGUACCCUUUGCAAUGAUUAUUCC